UCUACCGGCGGGAUUGUGCGGCGAGAUGUCUCACAGGAAGUUCUCCGCGCCCAGACACGGGUCUUUGGGCUUCUUGCCUCGCAAACGCAGCAGCCGUCACCGGGGGAAGGUGAAGAGCUUUCCUAAGGAUGAUGCUUCCAAGCCUGUCCACCUUACAGCCUUCCUGGGCUACAAGGCUGGCAUGACGCACAUCGUGCGCGAAGUGGAUAGGCCAGGAUCCAAGGUGAAUAAGAAGGAAGUUGUAGAAGCUGUGACCAUUGUGGAAACUCCACCCAUGGUGGUGGUUGGCAUUGUUGGCUAUGUGGAGACCCCUCGAGGCCUGCGGACAUUCAAGACGAUCUUCGCAGAGCAUAUCAGUGAUGAGUGCAAAAGGCGCUUCUACAAGAACUGGCACAAAUCUAAGAAGAAGGCCUUCACCAAGUACUGUAAGAAAUGGCAGGAUGACAUGGGCAAGAAACAGCUGGAGAAAGACUUCAACAGCAUGAAGAAGUACUGCCAGGUCAUCCGCAUUAUUGCCCACACCCAGAUGCGCCUGCUUCCUCUGCGUCAGAAGAAGGCCCACCUGAUGGAGAUCCAGGUGAACGGGGGUACAGUGGCUGAGAAGCUAGACUGGGCCCGCGAGAGGCUGGAGCAGCAGGUCCCAGUGAACCAAGUGUUCGGGCAGGACGAGAUGAUUGAUGUCAUUGGGGUGACCAAGGGCAAGGGGUACAAAGGGGUCACCAGCCGCUGGCACACCAAGAAAUUGCCCCGCAAGACCCACCGAGGCCUUCGCAAGGUUGCAUGUAUUGGAGCCUGGCAUCCUGCCCGUGUGGCUUUCUCUGUGGCCCGGGCUGGACAGAAAGGCUACCAUCACCGCACUGAGAUCAACAAGAAGAUCUACAAGAUUGGCCAGGGUUACCUGAUCAAGGACGGCAAACUAAUCAAGAACAACGCCUCCACUGACUACGACCUGUCGGACAAGAGCAUCAACCCGCUGGGUGGCUUUGUCCAUUAUGGUGAAGUGACCAAUGACUUCGUUAUGCUGAAAGGCUGUGUGGUGGGAACAAAGAAGCGAGUGCUCACCCUCCGCAAGUCCUUGCUGGUACAGACUAAACGGCGGGCCCUGGAGAAGAUUGACCUCAAGUUUAUCGACACUACCUCCAAGUUUGGUCAUGGCCGCUUCCAGACCAUGGAGGAGAAGAAAGCAUUUAUGGGACCACUUAAGAAAGACCGCAUUGCCAAGGAGGAGGGUGCAUAAAGCCAAAACAUUGCCCAGCUGGUGGCAGGUCUCAAUAAACUGUUCCCAAUGUCA